AUGGGCGCUGCUGAGAAUCCUAGUUGGCUUUUUGAUUGUCCGCUGAUGGAGGAGAUCCCCGCCGAGGAGGGUGAUUUGAUCGGCGGGGGCGGAGGAUUCUUCUGGCCGCCCCAGGGGUUCAAUGGGGCAUCCAAUCCUAGGUUCGUCGAAUUGGAGAUGUUUUGUUAUACUGCGUGUCCUUGCUGUCUGUUUUUUCUAAUUUCCGAAUGGGGUGCCUUUGGCGCACGUUUUUCGAGGAUGAUUUCAUCUCUACAUUCGUUCUCAUUGGUUCUUGGAUUCAAUCUAGGCCUUUUUUUCUCCCGGAAACUCCGGGAUAUGUUGUGCAAUUGUGUUGGUAUUAUCCGGCUGUGUUUUUCCUAGGGGGAAUCCUUCUUUAACUUGGCUAGCUUGAAAUAUUCAUUGUUAUUGGGCAAAAUUGGCACACCAGUUGGGGUAUAUGCUUGAUUAAUUGUUGUAUUUGGGUUUCCCUGUUACGGUGAAUCUUGUCAGUUUGUUCGCCGUGAAAUCGACUCUUACUGGUUAUAUGCAUUGUGAUAUCAAUUUGGACAUUUUUUCUGCUCGUGUCUCAUUUUUUGCUGCAUGGAAUUUCUCGGCCAAACGAACGACUGAUCAGGAAUUUCAUUCACAACAAAUCUGGAAUGAUCAUAAUGCAAAACAAUUUGAAGCGUCUGUUCUUGGCUCAGCGUUCAUUCCAUUGGAUUCUUUAUCUAAUCUCGGAAAAAACAAGAAAGGAAAAGGGAAAGAAAAAAAUUAGUGGGGUUUCCUGCGCCCUGGUUUCAUAAAUUUUGGGGAUGUCAUCUUGGUCUGCAUUCACAAGCUACAACACUUGUUUGAUGAUGCCGAUACUUAUACAUCUUCUGAUGCUCAUGGGAAUUUAUUGGUUCAUGUCUCAUGGGGUAAAUUUUCAAGGAUUUUCUCCUCCAUUGUGAUCUCAUGCUUCGAAUUUUUGGGUUUUGAAAUUAUUCUAAAUGUCUUGGUCUAUUUAAAUUACUGACUCUUUUUCCAUGAUUUUUUUGGUAACUGUCAACUUAUCCUUGCUGGAAGACUCGUCUAUUCGACUUUUCCAUUGAUUGACCAGUGCACUUGAUUACCUCAGAGCUGCUCCCAUCUACUAGACUCUUUCUAUUCAUACUGUAUAUGCACCUUAUCACUUGUCUUGCAUUGUGGGCGAUGAUUUAUGAAAUUUCUUUGUUCAACCCUCUCUUUUUUGUCUGAACAUUCAAGCUCUGUCUUCUUGUCCACAAUAUCCCAAGUGAUGUCGUGCGUGAAUCAUUGAUGAGUUGUUACAUGUUCCAAUGAAUGUGGGCCAAGUGACAAUAAACUUUUCUCCAGGGUUCACACAAGAAGCCCAGUAGUUCAUCACCUGCCCUCUAGAGUUUCUGUACAAUCACGAUAUUUCCUUUUAGGACCUAAAUCUCACUUCCUCUUGUAUACCAACGUUGCCUUUACGCAAAGAUCUUUAUUGUUGAGGUAGUAAUGAAUUUCCUCAAAAACUGUAUAGUUACCAUGUUAGUUAUGCUUUUCCCCACCCCCCAAAUGUGAUAAAUUUCAAUAAUUUUUUUCUUGUAUUGAGACUGAUGUUGAUUACUAUAGGUUCUUGUGAUUUUUCUCCAGGGAAUUAUGAGCACAAAGAAGCUUCUCUUCUUAAAAUGGAUCAAGUAAUAUUUUGGACGCAUCAAAUAGGCAAUCUUUUGGAUUUCAUUUCUUACACCAUCGUGUUUGGAAAAUGACAAUAAAAAAACCCUGCAAGUUUGUUUUGAUGAACCUUUUCUACUUUGAAGUGACGCAGUGGAAAUUGGGGGGUUUUGAAGAUUUGAGCCUUGAAUCGACAAGACACGAAUUUGGGAGAUUGAAAUCAGACCUUGAAACCACAAGGCACGAUUUUCCUGAUCCUUGAAUCCACAAGGAUGGCUUGGAUGACCCUUGAAUCCACAGGGAUCAGAAAUACGCCCUUGAGUCCACAAGGGUUGAUUUAAAUGAUCUUUGAAUCCACUAAGACAAAAAAUGUCCCUUGAAGCCACAUGGGUUGCUUGAAUCCACAGGCACUUAGAACUCUCUCAAAGAGAACGAAUAUUCGUAAAAAUCAGGAUGCUUCUGGGGUUACAACAUUUUAGCAUUUAAUAGGCUCAAAUUAGUUGUAACUCUCCUUGAAAAUAGAUAUGUUACAAGAACAAAUUCGAAACGACCUAGGAGUAAGUUAAUUACUGUACUAACAACUCUGAUGCAUUAUUCGUGCAGUUUUUUUGGGCCUAGUCUGUUUUUGUGCCUUUUUUGGGUCUUCUGAUCUUUGUAGCCCACACUUCAUGUUUUUGAAGGGCUUUCCUUAGUUGUCCGUGCUGUUAUACAUUAAUGUCUUCGUUUUGGGCCAAUUUACAUCUAGAGUUCAAAGAACGUCUUUAUUGUUAUCUCAGCUGAGAAGAAAGGGAGCUUGUUUUCUGGCGAUGCUACUCCUGAAAAGUAAUUCAACGAAUUAAUUCCCCUCCCCACCUCUGUGGGAGGUGUUGUUUUUUAUUAUCUUCUCUUUUGUUCUUUUCUUUUCCCUUUUAUUUUUUGUGUGUGACCUUGAGGCAGUUUUGAAGGCAGUCGAAUUUAAAACUUGCAGGUUUUAAAUUCGUUUUCUAACUUAUUUCACGUCUAACUGGCAGAAGUUGUUUGAGUAUUCUGGUUUUCAUUCAUCCCAAGUACUCUGAUUUGAUAUCUGUCUUCUUAUGAUAUGAUCGCUGUCAUGUCUUUGAAGUUUCGAUGCAUUGGACCAAUAGCAAACAUCCACACCACCGAAUCUGUGGAGAUGAACGGCAGAAAUCCCAGAACUCUUCUUCCGUCCUUUCCCUUUUUUAAAUCUGCUUCCUGUCCAGCACGAGAGUAUAUAUUUUCAUUGCCACCGCCAUUACCAUGAUGGUACAGAGGAUUUAGAGCAAAGAAGAUCUAGUCUUACAAAGGAUGGUGGAAUCUCAGAAAUGGAAUGGAUGGAUGGAUAGAUGGAUAGAUGGAUAGAUGGAGGUUCUAACCAUCAUGAAUAUGCUCAUUGUGAGCACGGUUUCCCCUUGAACGGUGGAAGAUAUUACUGGGUCCUUUGUUAGCCGCAAUACUCAUAAAUUUAUAAUGGCGGAUGAUCAAAUCUUGCUGUAAUCUCUUUUUUUUUUUUUUUUUUGCUUCUUUUGCAUGCCUUCUCACUGGUUCUCUUCUCUUGCAGCAUUGGAUUUGAUGGCUCUGUCGAUUCUGACAGCUCGAAAGAAUUACCAUCUCGAAAGAGGUGAUUUUUUUUCUCUCUCUCUUAAAAAUUAAUGGAUGGCGGGAUUAGGCUGCCGCUUGUGGCUCUUCUCUCAUCAUGACAAAGAAGGGUCAACUUUUACAGGGCGAGGCCAGAAUCCUCUAGUGUACCCAGCACCAAGGCAUGCAGGGAGAAAAUGAGGAGAGAUAAACUGAACGACAGGUACAUCCAUAGCUUCUCUCCCUUGAAUCAGCACCAUCACUCUCUCUCUCUCUCAUAUGCAUUGGUUCUCGGUUGAAAAAAAAAAAAAACAGGUUCCUCGAGUUGGGGGCUAUACUGGAGCCUGGGAAGCCACCUAAAAUAGACAAGGCGGCCAUACUGAGCGAUGCUGUGCGGAUGGUGAAUCAGCUGCGCAGCGAGGCACAGAAGCUGAAGGAGGCCAAUGAGAGCCUCCAGGAGACUAUCAAGGAGUUGAAGGUCGGCCCCCCCACCCCCCUCUUUUCCUUCAUCCCACUUUUUUUCCUUGAUACUUGUCGACAGAGCCUUCUAUGUACCUACAUACGCACAUACAUGAGCAUAUAUAUACACAUACGCAUACACUCACCUUUUCCAUAUACAUACUCUGACAUGGGCACAUAUACGGACAUUCGUAUGAUUCGUAUGCAGAUAAAUACAUAAACCCAUUGAAUGCAUAUACGCAUUCAUACACAUACAUAAAUAUACAGUUGCAUCUUCUAACAUGUAUGUAUACACGUACGCAUGUGUUCAAUACGCUUGUAUGUGCAUACUCUUACAUGCAUGUUGGUCACAUACAGACAUAAACUCACAUGGACAUACAUGUACAUAUAGUUUAGAGGGUGGGCCAAGCUCUGGGCCCACCGGGUCCAUCCACAGGCCCCUCCCAUCUUCCGUGCGUGCCGAAACUUUCGAGAACGUUGACUUUGGUCGUUUCAAUGUCGGGGGCAUCGAUCUUCUUUCUUGUGCUGUUGUUCUUAUUUCUGGGCUUCUUAGCUUCUGCUUGGGGGAGUGGGGAGAUGCUCAUCACAUUCAAUGUUGCAGGCCGAGAAGAACGAGCUCCGGGACGAGAAGCAGCGGCUGAAGGUGGAGAAGGAGAGCUUGGAGCAGCAAGUGAAGGCCAUGAGCGUGCCGCCAAGCUAUGUUCCCCACCCGCCGAUGAUGCCUGCCGGGGCAUUCCCUGUGCCGAGGCAAGCUGCCGGCGGCAACAAGCUGAUGAUGCCGGUGAUCGGCUUCUCGGGCUAUCCGAUGUGGCAGUACAUGCCGCCGGCAGAUGUUGACACCUCCCAGGAUGUGGAGACGUGCCCGCCGGUUGCCUGA